AAACCCCCGCUAACAACGAGUAAAUGGCAACGGCAGCUUUGUAUCUCCGUGAACCCUAAUGUACCAUGGCACGAAAAUGAAGCACAAAGCUUUAUUCGCUGCCUCUCAUGGCCGAAUUGCCCAAAACCCUUUUCAGCAAACAUCUCCUGAAACUUCUCAAAUCCGAAAAAGACCCAAUCUCAGCUCUCUCCCUCUUCGAUUCAGCCAUCCGUCACCCAGAUUACACCCCAACCCCUUCCGUCUUUCACCACAUUUUCCGCCGUAUUUCACAAUCUCCGAAACUCCUACCUCAACUGGCGCGAAUUGUAAAUUUGAUUCAAGCCAAGAAAUGCAUCUGCUCCGAAGAUAUCCCAUUGAUUGUAAUCAAAGCGUAUUCCAGUAACUCCAUGGUUGAUCAAGCAUUAGACCUUUUCCAAAGAAUGACUGAAAUUUUUGGGUGCGAACCCGGUAUAAGAUCUUACAACACUCUUCUCAAUGCGUUGGCUGAAUCUAAUCAAUUCAAUCGUGCGGAUUUGUUUUUUAAGAACUUUAGACGGAUGGGUGUUUUCCCCAACUUGGAAACUUAUAACAUUCUGAUCAAACUUUUCUGUAACAAAAAGCAAUUUGAUAAAGCAAAGGAAUUGCUGAAUUGGAUGUCUGAAAGAGGGAUGGUUCCGGAUGUCUUCAGUUAUGGUACUUUGAUAAAUGGGCUAGCCAAGGGUGGGGAGAUGACCAGUGCCUUGAAGGUGUUCGACGAAAUGUUUGAGAGAGAAGUAACUCCAGAUGUGAUGUGUUACAAUAUUUUAAUUGAUGGGCUAUUCAAGAAAGGCGAUUUUUUGAAAGCAAACGAGGUGUGGGAGAAGUUGGUUAACUCCUCAUCAGUCUAUCCAAAUGUAGGUACUUAUAACGCCAUGAUUGAUGGUUUUUGCAAGUGUGGACAAUUUCAAGAAAGUCUGAAAAUUUGGAACAGGAUGAAGGAAAAUAAUCGACAAAUGGAUUUGAUCACCUACAGCACAGUUAUAAAUGUGUUUUGUGAAUCAGACAAUAUUGAAGGUGGCAUGACAGUUUUUAAAGAAAUGAUUGCCAAAAAUGUGUCCCCUGAUGUUGCAAUAUACAAUGCUUUGCUCAACGGGUAUUGUCAUGCAGGAAAGAUUAAAGAAUGCUUUAAUCUAUGGGAUCUCAUGGAGAAAGAUAAUUGCAGGAAUAUCAUCAGUUUCAAUAUCUUCAUCAAAGGAUUAUUAGAAAACAAAAAGGUAACUGAGGCAAUUUCUCUAUGGCAACAACUAUUACAUGAGAACCCUUCUCUUAUAAACCCCACCACUUAUGGCAUUUUGAUCCAUGGAUUAUGCCAAAACGGGUAUAUAGACAAGGCUUUCACUAUUCUAAAAGAAGCACAAGGUAAAAGUAAAAGUAACAAUCUUGAUGUUUAUGCAUUUUCUUCAUUGAUCAAUGGGUUUUGUAAUGUUGGGAGAUUGAAUGAUGCAGUUUGUGUGUUAGAUCUCAUGGUUACAAAUGGCUAUAAUCCAAACACCAAUGUUUAUAACACACUACUCAAAGGCUUUAUUCAAGCUCAUAAAAUUAAAGAUGCUAUCAACUUCUUUGAUAAAAUGGCCAUAAGGGGUUGUCCACCUACUAUUGUCACUUACAAUACUUUAAUUGAUGGAUUAUGCAAAUUACAAAGGUUUGAUGAAGCCUAUCGACUUGUGAAGGAAAUCUUGGAAAAGGGAUUAAAGCCUGAUAUGAUCACUAAUAGCUUGUUAAUGCGUGGAUUAUGUCAAGACAUGAAGGUGGAAUUAGCUCUUAAGUUAUUUCACCAAGUUCUUGAUAAUGGUUUCAAACCCGAUGUAAUCAUGUACAAUAUUAUAAUUCAUGGGCUUUGUUCUACACGAAAUGUUGGAUAUGCAUUGGAGUUGUAUCUAAAGAUGGGUGACAACAAAUGUGUUCCUAAUCUUGUUACACUCAACACUUUAAUGGAGGGUUUCUACAAAGUUAGGGAUUGUAUAAAUGCAUAUGUUAUAUGGGGAAGGAUUUUGAAGAUUGGAUUUCAACCUGAUAUUAUCUCAUAUAAUAUUGUUCUUAAAGGGUUAUGUUCUUGUCAUAAGAUGAAUGAUGCUAUUCAUUGUUUGAAUGAUGCUGUGGCUAUGGAGAUUGUUCCAAGUUUCAUUACUUGGAAUAUACUUGUGAAGGCAGUUUUGAAGUCAAUUGGGUGACAAGACCUAUCAAAAUUAACCCUAGAAUCACACCUUUUCUCCAAUCAAAUGAUUGAGAGAUGAAGGAAUCGAUUAAAGAGAUGCUAAUCAACCCGAUUAAUCCAAGGUAAAUGUUUCUUCUCGUUUCUGUUCCCACAGUUUGUGAUGUCAAUUCUUUGAUCUUUUCAGCUUCUCCUUUUGCGAUUGUUGGGUCAACGGGCUUACUUUGACCCAAAUUCUUGAAGAACAAUCCUUCGUUUCUUUCAUUCUCGAAACGAACUUCAAAUUCGUCUAACUUCUUUUGAUUCUCCUCUAUCUCCAGCUUGCUUGAUUCCGCUGAUUCUUCAAAAGCUUGCAUUUGGCUCUCGAUAUUCCCCAUUAUCUGUAAUUGAUGAAAAAAAAAAACAAAGAAUACCAGAGUCAAAGUCGGUGAAACUCGGCGUACGUUAGUAUAUGAAGUGACAAACCCUAAGACUGGCUUCUUCGAGCUCCUUGCGUGCGUUUUCGCCGACUUGAUCAAACUCGGCGUUAGCUUCUUCUGCAAAUUGCGUAAGAUAAUCGGAUCGUUCAUCUAAGAAAUCGGUGAGACGGACUUUUUGGGCUUGAAGCAUUGCGAUUCUCACUAGAAGCUCCUGCUUUUUGGAAUCGCCUUCGUCGGAGGUGGUAUUGGGAUUUUCAUCGGAGUUUUUGGAUUUGCGUAAGAACAGCCGUGAGUGGUGGUGGUUCUUGAUGGGUGGAUCUGUUCGGUAGAAGAAAUCAUGCUUUGUUGAUGUAGUGAAGGUGGUUGUUUGUAUGGAUUGCAAUGAAAUCAUGGUGUUUUUUUUUCCUUCUCUGUUUCUGUUUCGAAGCAUUUUUGGACCUCUUAUCACCACCUUACGUACAUUAUCUAAAUUUGGUGUUGUAGUGUCUAUUUUCCAGAGCAAUUGUUAGUAAAUCCAGAACACCAAUGAUGUGGUUGGUUUGUAUAUUGUUGUGGAUUUAACCAAUGAAGUUUAUGUUUAAUAUCUUGUUAUUGUACGUAAUAAAUUGAUAAUUUAUUUAA